CUUUUUAAGGGCCUGUGAGGUUCUACUUUACCGCGACUACGUUUCUACGCAAACAUCAACGCCUGUUAUUGUAUUGCUUUCACAACGUUGAGAUUCUGGCAAGAUGUCAUCGAUAGCCAGCUUGAUGCUCACCACUUUGGGUAAGUAAGUUCUACUCUCUGUUCGCCGCCAAGCCUGUAGUGCAGUUUCGUAUUUUGACAAACCAGGAAUGCACUCGAGACUCAUGAAGACCCUGCUUGCGUAUGAAUAUUUCACCCAGGUGAAGCAAGGCGGAGUAUUCUUCGAUCAAAAUUAUUGCUGAGACGUCGGGUAAAAUUUCCGCACAGCCCCAUACUACAUUAUGCAUUCAGUUCUUGGAUAGAGAAAUCAAAGACAAAAACAAUAGAUUGCCAUUGGGAAAACAGAUUUGUUUUGCAAUAGUAUGGGGCUGUGCGGAAAUUUUACCGCACAGCCCCAUACAACAUUAUGCAUUCAGUUCUUGGAUAGAGAAAACAAAGACAAAAAAAAUAGAUUGCCAUUAGGAAAACAGAUUUGUUUUACAAUAGUAUGGGGCUGUGCGGAAAUUUUACCAGACGUCGUAACCCUUGAACGCUGUGAACUUUCUCGUUUUGUAAAUGGCCACUCGCAGAUGAAAGCCUCAUAUCAUCCGUUUGUUUUCACAGGGUAAAAUACAAAUGAUUUAGAUAUUGUCGUUUAUUAAGUGAAGUGCUCUGAAGGAAAUUGUCGAUAUCGAUGUGAAUAUGCUAUCAAAACCACCUCACAUGUUUUGUUGCGUUAGAUGCGAAGACGAACCUCUAAUUAACAUUUUCAUGUAGAGAGCAUUUGUGAAUGCAGAAAUAUGUGUGUAAAGCCAAAUUGAAAAUAUCUGUUAUGUGCUUUAUUGUAAAAUAGAACCAAAUAGAGAAUUCCACCUAAUCUGCAUAAUUUUACACCUCACAAAUAGUCAGGUUUUCCUUCCGUAAGAUGAAGUUGUAAGAGGACAAUGAUGUUCAGUGCUUGCUGAAGUCCACUCGUUUAUGCAAAUAAUGCUUAUUAUUGUUUUUUUAGAGGGCACGGUAACGAAUCCUGCAAUCUGAUUGGUUCUUUACCUGGUCAGUAUUUCCCUAUCUCUGCCCACAGGCCACGGUAACGCUUUCAUGAGUUGCCGAGUACAUCCCAACUUUCGUUGUCAUUUUUUCAUAAAUAUACCUCGUUUUCUGGCUGGGCAGUAUUUUUAAGCAAACACGUCGGUCACUACCUCAAGCCGAUAAAGAACUUAUGAAUCCUCUCUUUUCUCUCUAUCAAAUCACUUUGGUUGACAGAAAAAUAUUGGUUUCAGAAUUAAUUUGAAUAAAAAAAUAGUGUCAUUACGUUGGUUGACAAGCGGCCUGAAAACCAUCUGCAAUUAAUUUUAAUUGUUCACAAAAAGUACCCAGAAAGUUGAAACAUGAGGUAUUUGGUUACAGUUAAACUGAACGAUGGAACUUUCAUUCAAUUAAUAUCUGAAUUUUCUUGAGCAAUUUGUUCAUAGUAAUAAAAAGCGAGCGAAGUUUUAAUUUAAGUUCUAUAGCAAAUAUACGCUCCUGGUGAGUCUUUCCAAUUCCGUUCAAUUUGGACAUUUGUACCUUAAAUUGCACAACAGAAAUUGAAGGAAUUGAGAAAAGGCUGCAUUAAAUUCCCUUGUGUCUCGUUGGAGUGUGCCAUUCGAAUUUAGUUUUUGUGAAGGAAAGAUCAGAGUUAAACACGCCAUUACAGCAAACAAACAAGCAAACUCUCACAACUUCAAAAUAAAAAAUUGAAUUUACUCACAAUUACUUUCCUCGCCGUUUACUUAAUGAACAGAGGUAAAUCUUUGUAUAUGAAUGAAUGGUUGAUGAGAGUAAAUAAUACUUUCCGUUAGAUCAUUAACUGAUUUUUAAGAAAACAUUGUCGUGACAGUCCUUGCCAAACUAGUUCUGUUGGUUUUCAAAUGUUCCUACGAUUUUUUUUUCUUGCGCUCUCUCUAAUUGACAGGUGUCAUAUUGUGACAGAUACUUGUAAAAAUAAUGUUUCAAAGUUUGUUUGGAAGCCUUUUAAAUCACCUUUAUCAUAACGGAAAUGAAAAUGUUUCGCUGAGGCAUCUCUCUUAAAUUUGCAUCACCUCUAUUUUAACUACCAUUUACUCACUCAAAAAUUGUUCAGUUUAUGGAAGAUCUUGCCGUAUUUACGGCCAUAAGUCAUUCGGGUUCUUUCGGAAAGAAUUUUGUCAGGUUUAAAAACAAUAAAUAUGUUAUUUACCGGCUAAGGGUCGGUCCGUAUGGUGAAAAACUGUGACUUCGGUCUUGAAAAUGCUGCCUUAAAUUCUUAUGCGCUCUCUAAUUGACAGGUGUCAGAUUGUGACAGAUACUUGUAAAAAUAUUGUUUCAAACUUUGUUUGGAAGCCUUUAAAAUCACCUUUAUCAUUACGCAAGUGAAAAUGUUUCAGUGAAGCAUCUCUCUUUAAUUUGUAUCACCUCUACUUUAACUACCAUUUACUUGCUCAAAAUUUGUUCAGUUUAUGGAAGAUCUUGCCGUAUUUAUAGCCCUAAAUCAUUUGGGUUCUUUCAGAGUGUAUUUCGUUAAGUUUAAAAAAAAAAUAUGUUAUUUACCAGUUAAGGGUUGGUCCAUAUGGUGAAAUACUGUGACCUCGGCCUUGAAAAUGAAAGACCUCGGUCACAGUUUUUCACUAUACAGACCUCACAGCCGGCAAAUAACAUAUAUGUAUUUAGUUCAUCGCUGUCAUCAAAUCUUUGUUGCGCAGUAUUGAUUUCGUUUUAGUCACAAGAUGAUUUGACCAACAAUUGCAAUAGCACCAGAAAAACUUAGAUUACAGCUAAUUAGAUCACAGGCAUAAUUCUUUGUGGAAAGUGUUCAAUGUGGACAAUGUACUUAUGUGAAUUUGAGUCUUAAUUGAUCAGUACCCAGAUUUAACACUUGAAUUCAGGUUCUUGAUUUAUCUAUGAUGAUUCAUAUAAUGAUGUGGUUGUUUUCUUUGUAUCAUAACUAAUUAUAUCAAGAUUUAAGCAAUGCAGAGAACAUGUUAUGAUUGAAAUUUGUGUCUGCAUCAUCGCUAUGAUGUCAGCUCUCAUGUUAAAGUCAUUUGUCUAUUUCUGAUAAGGAAAUAAAAUUGUAUGAAUCAUAGUCAUUAUUAUAUCUCUCAGUCAGUAUGUGCACUAUGAUUGGUCAAUUUAGUGUGAUAUUUCACUUUAUUUUUUUGUCAGAGGGUACAGUAAUGAAUCUUGCAAUCUGAUUGGUUCUUAGCACACACAGUAUUUUCCUAUCUCUGCCCAUGGGCAAUGGUAAAGCUUUCAUGGAUCGCGGAGUGCGUCCCUACUUUCACUGCCAUUUUUCAUAAAAAUAUCUCAUUCUUCCAGCUGGGCAGUAUUUUUAAGCAAAGAUGUUGGUCACUACCUCAAGCCAAUAAAUAACUUAUUAAUCUUCUCUUUUCUCCCUCUCAAAUCACUUUGGUUAGCAGAAAAACAUUGGUUUCAAAAUGAAUGUGUAUAAGCAAAAGUGUCAUUAAAUUAGUUGACAAGUGGCCUAAAACCUGUCUGUAAUUAAUUUUAAUCCUUCACAAAAAGUACCUGGAAAGUUAAAACGCGAGGAAUUUGGUUACAAUUGGAUUAAUAUAUGGAACUUUCAUUCAUUUAGUAUCUGAAUUCUCUCAAACAAUUUGUCCAUAGAUAAAAGGUGAGCGAAGUUUUAAGUUCCUCUACAGAGACACUUUCAGUGGGUCUUUCCAAGUCUGUUCAAUUUAGACAUUUAGGAAUUCAAUGAGAAAAAGCCGCAUUAAAUCCCCUUGUGUCUAAUUGAUGUGUCCCAUUCGAAUUUUGUUUUUUCGGAGAAAAGACCAGAUUUACACGCGCCAUUGCAGUAAACAAACAAGCAAACUUUCACAACUUCAAAAUCAAAAUUUGAAUUUACUUACAAUUAAUUUCCCUGCCAUUUACUUACUGAACAGAAGUAAAUCUUUGUACAUUAAUCAAUGAUGAGAGUGAAUAAUGCUCUCUGUAAGAUCAUUGACUGCUUUUGAAGAAAACAUUGUUGUGACAGUCCUUGCCAAACUUUCAUUGUUUCAAAGUUUGCUGGAAGCCUUUUAAAUCACCUUUAUCCAUACGUAAAUGAAAAUGUUUCAGUGAAGCAUCUCUCUUUAAUUUAAAUUACCUCUAUUUUAACUACCAUUUGCUUGCUCAAAAAUUGUUAAGUUAAUGAUAGAUCUUGCUGUAAUUACAGCCUGAACUCGUUCAGGUUCCAUUUUGUGAAGAAUUUAAUUAGGUUUAAGGAAAAAAAAUAAAAAUGUCAUUUGCCAUCCUAGGUCAGUCCGUAUUGGGAAAAACUGUGCCCUCUGUCUUGGGUACAGUUUUUCCCACUAUGGACCUCCCGGUUGGUGAAUAUCAUAUAUGUACAGCCUGCUACGUUUAAUGGGUUGUUUGAAUUGAAAUCUUCACUGUUUAUGUGAACCCAGAAAUAUUAUAAAUAUUUUAUGUAUCUCAUUUUCUUGGUCCCUGCUGUAAGUUACCGAACCUCCCUUCUUUUUUGGCUUUAUGGCCUGGGUGCUUUGUACUUGGGCCUUAAAUCUAAGAGGACAAAAACUUGGUCAGUUACUUGCAGAAUGGACCUUGAACUGGGCAGGUUAGAGGGUUGGAUGUUUAUAGUUUGUGAACCUUAACCAUGUUGAUUUGGACUGCCACUCGUGUGUCAGAAAACAGAUAAUGGUACUUUUUUUACCCCAAAAUAAGGUUACCUGUAACUUCAGCAGGGACUGUAAGAUCUUUUAUGGCAUUAUGAGAAAUUCUAUGAUGUUGUCUUUAACUUGGCCACAGAUUUCUGCUGACAUUUUUCCUGCUCUGCAAAGACUCAGUUAUUGUCAUAAUUUUAAAAUAUAGAAUGCAGGUCACCUUGACAAUUUACGAGGAUAUCACAAUUUACGCAACUGUCAAGCCUCUGACUGUAGUGAAAGCUAGCAUUUCCUCAAUAACCAUGUAGGAAUUAUAUUCAAUAAGGAUGCCUACUACAAGAGUUGAUGAGAACCUCAGAAUCGUCUUUGGAAUCUUAAUGGUAAAUAUCAUUGACCUGAUUAAUGCUUCUUACAUUAUUUGAAAACUAACUGGCUAAAAUUUUGUUUCAAAUUGUGGAAAAUGUGACCGAAAGUCCAUUACUUUGAUAAACUCUACUUUUUGAUUUCAGAUUAGAUACACUAGUCAAUGAUAAAAUAUUUAGGAAAUUGUUCAGCUGUUAAUUAGAAGUCCAAUUUAGUCAGUGUUCACAAGCAAUUAAACAUAAUAAGACAGUGGUGUGGUCAAAAUUUAAUACAUGUAUGUCAUGAAGAACAUUAAUUCUGUGAUUUAAAACUGUAAAAAAAAAAUGCAAAAAGAUAUUGUAAUUAGCUAUCAAUCUUUCUGAUAGAUAAGAAUGAAGGCAUAACAGGUAUUACUUUAAAAAAAUUUUGCUUUACAAAUUUUCCUCAAUAAGGUGUCCCCUAAUAAUUUUGCAAUGACAGUGUCAAUGGAAAAGGUGCUGAUUUUUCACAUGACAGGCACUUGUAGCCAUAAACCAGUACUUGAAGCAAGUAAGUAAUUUUCCUCUUUAAAGAAAAACUCUCAGACUGAGUUUUGCAAUUUUAUUAUGAUGGAUACUGAACAAGGACACUUUGAAACAAAAAUUGUACUACUACAACUAUUGUGUAUAAGUUGCUUAGGGUUAGGGUUGUACACGUAUGGUAAGCUACUGUAUUUAUUUGCCUACAAGCUGAGUGAUCUUUGCAUGAAAAUCAACUGAGAACUAGUCAAACUCAAAGAAGAAAAGAGUAGUUGGGCUUAUAGCCAAGUAUUUCUGUCAAAAAAAAAAUUGUCUAUGAGAGAAUAUGGUAAAUUAAAUAUAUAUUCAGUCAUUAGCCACAUGAUCAUCAACAAACACAAAUUACUAGUCUUACCCAAAAUCAUUGUUGGUCAAUGAUUUAUAUAUUUAGGUGGUGGCUCCUAAAGGAGCUGGUUUAUCUUUGUGUAUGUCAUCUUAGGAAUCAUCUUUGCAAAGGUAUGCUGCAUCUUUUGAACUACUCUGCUACCUUUGCUUAACUGGAAGAAUCUAUUAUGAAGAAAUACACUCCUCGUUGCUUGACACAAUUUUAAUUAUCUUACAACGAUGAAGGAGUCCUACAAUACAAAUAACAACCGAACUAUACUAAAAUACAGUCCUUAUAAGCUCACAAGAAAAACGAUGCAUAUACCUAGAGAUGAUAUGCAAUGUAAGAUGGCUAACUUACAAUAAUAAAGCGGUAGGUAGAGUUCCGAUCCAACGUAGAUAGAGAAAUACACAUUUCCUCAAACGUUACAAGAACCUAAACACAAAAUGUCUGACUCCCUUGAGCCGGUCAGUGGUUGUGAUAGUUCCUAGGCCCUAGCGGCCUGGUCAAGUCUCUUCACAUUAAGGGUCUGAACACACUGGGCUUUCAAAAUUUGUUUUGAUCCACCAAAAAUCUCACCAAAAUUUGAAAAGCAAGAUCAAAUUUCCUCGAUUGUGGCAUUCUUUCAAAUCAUGGCUUGUAAAUUGGAAAAUCUGCCAUAUUUCACACCUGAAAAAAAUUUGUCCUACUCUAAGACAGGAUGAUGAUGCCUUUGGAGAUUGGUAAGGCUCAACAAAAUUUGGUAGGAUAAAAAAUCAGUGGGUCCACAAGAAUCUCACUGAACUGAUGACAGAUUUUUCACAAAAUAAACAAAAAUUUGCCUAUUGCACCAGGGCCCUUAUUUUUAACAUCCCAGAAGUACCAAACUCAUCAACCACUCAAUUUCAAACAGCUAGUGAAAUUGUAGUUAAUACAUUUGGAUGUCUUCAGCAUUUCAUGUAAUUAUUCUGUUAUUCUAAAAACAUUGUACACAAUCUGUACGUGGUAAAGAGGUAGACAUCAGCAUCUUCAGUUGUUAGGUAACUGUCAUGUGAUAAGCAAUUGGUUUUAUGAUUGAUAACUUGCAUUGUUUUCAAAAAUUAACUCGUAUAUCUACUGAGUAAGUUUAGUCUGAUAUUGAAGAAAUGUAAAAUGGUUUCCGUGUUUACAAAGCCUGAUGUAAACACGUGGGAGGUUGGGAGAACACUCGAUAAGCAUAGGAAACCAUGACGCGAAGCGGAGGAAACCAUGACGCGUAGUGGAGUGGUUUCCAGCUUAUCAAGUGUUCUCCCAACCUCCCAAGUGUUUACAUCAGGCUAUGUAAGCAUGGAAACCACUUUACAUUUCUUUUAUAAAAUAACUAAUGAAAGAGGAAUGAAAGCCAUGUUUACAUAUGCUCAUGUGAAAUGGUUUUAUGGCCAAUCAGAGCAUGCAUACUAUUUGAAUUAUUUUAUAAAAUUAUAUUAUGCACAUAUUUUGUAAUUCAAGUGUCUGUUCAAUUUUUUACAUCUAUGUAAUUUAGAAAGGUCAAAAGUGUAUUUAGCAUAAGAAAUCACAAAAUAUCAAAGGGAAUUGUGUUACAAUGCUAACAAAGUUGCAAAUGUAGAGUACAUCCAUGUUCAUGUAGGUUUGUCACUUGUAUAAUCUAAUAUAUAGCUUCUGAAAAAUUAUAGAUGCUGUUAGAGGGUUUUGUCUUGAUUUCAUUCCAAUUCUGUCAAUAUCCAAUGUGAAUCCCCAUACCUAACAAAUUAAAUGAAGAAAGAGGUGAAACUACCAUGGCAAGCUGCAUCUUAUUUUCUCAUUCAUUUUCUGUGAUCAUGUGGUAGUUGUAAGCAACUCAAAAUUCAUCUUUUUCUUACAACUAAAUGUAGUCACAAAAGCUUCACUGACAAUUAUGUCAUCAUAUGAUUCCAGUGCUGUACCCACUUGAAUCAUUUGAUGAUUCAGAGAGAAAUGUGUUAGGUGCUGACAAUCAAUCAUCAUAUGCCUCCGUCAAUGAUGUUUUUUUGCUCACAUAAAAUUAUUCCUGUGUUGAUCUUUGUGAUUAAUGUUAUUGUUUUGGUUUGUGUUGAAGUAGGCUUGGCCAAAAUUUAGGUCAUCUUGAAUUUUUACCCUGUAGGUUCUAAAUAGUUGUUACUUAACUUAAAAUUUUUCUACUUGGAGCAAAUUAUAGGUUCUUCCACUUACCUAUUAGUAAUAAUUAUAGGACUGAGUGGAAUGCAUGUCAACAGUGGGUGCAUAGGACAGUUAGUGUCUAAUUACUGAGGCAUAACAUGUACACUGUUAAAUUAGUGCUCAAAUCAGGCUGGUGAUAUUCAUGUACAAGAAUUUUAGUUUUCAAUUGUGCAUGUUACUGCAACACAGAUGAUGGAUGCAAAUUAUGCAUUUCUUACUUAUUUAGGAUGAAGUUUGUAUGCGUCUACAAAUUUUCUCACCUAAGUCCUGUGUGGCGCUUUUGCAAGUUGCGAUCUAAAGAACUUAACAAGGAGCAAGACUAUUGUGGUCAGGGUGUGCAUGCUUGUUGUCCAAAAUGCAAACAUGCAUAGAAAAGAAUGCAUGUUAGUUUGUGCACUCUGACCUACUAAUGGUCAUAAAACUAUCUGUUUGGGUGCACUUUGUUUUUGAUUGAAUCCUAUGAAGGGUGCAGGUGCUCUCAUGUUUUCAUGCUUUUCAUUAAGUUCUAUAUUAGAAUUACCUUUAUUAGAACAUUUCAUGACUGGGACAAUUUUUAAUUUGUAUUUCAAAUAUUUUCAGUUUUUCUCAGCAUCAAGCAUCAAGUUGUCCAAGGUAAGUUCUUGUUUGAAUUUGAUUACUUUGUGUUGUGAGUGAGGUGAUAUAUGAGAAAACAGUUUAAGAUUGACCCAGUUUCAACGAAUAUUGUCAGUGAAGUUUGACACCAUCUGCAAGACUGGUUCAAGCAAGAUACACUUAAUACUAACCUGUUUACUUGUCAGUGUCAUAUAAUAAUAACUUUACUUCUGUUGCAAUAAAUAUUAGUGACCCACUAAUUAAAGGACACCUAUUUAAGGACUGAAACAAAACUGAAAAAUAGGUAAAUGAAUUCGUGGUACGUUUCUAAAGAAACUGGUGAUGCAUUGGUGGGAGAGUAUAACAGGGUAAUUUAGUGUUAUCAACUGAGUUGAAAACAUAAAUUGGCCAUGGUAAAGAGUUUAAAGGCUGAUGUUUUGAGCAUUAGCCCUUUGUCUAUCACUCUGAUGAAGGGCUAAGGCUUGAAACAUCAGCCUUUAAACUCUUUACGUUGGCCAAUUUACGUUUUAAUAAAUUCACAUAGACGUAUUAUUUGUAACUCGUUUAUUGUAUCUAUUGAAGUAAGGUGUGGAUCACUAAUCUUAAAUGUACAUGAAAUAUGAGAAAAUCAAUCAAUCAAAAUGUCACUGUACAAACAAAAGCGAAUAGUGUCAGGUUUCAAUGUGUCAUAAUUCUCGCAUGUCCUUGAGCAAACGUAAAUGUUUUCAUCAUACAUUUUCAACCUAGUUGAUAACACCGAAAAUAGGCAGUUAAGACUGCAUAUGGCUACUGAUAUAGCACAAUUUUGUAUUGCAUUGAAAAGAAUUAGAGGUUGUUUGAUAAUGCCAUAAGGAAGCUUUCCUAAGGAUUUGUCUUGCAUGCAAAACAGAAAACCUGCCACAUCCCACAUACUUAUGAGAGCCCUUUUCAACAGGAGAAAGAUGAUUCAAGAAUAUAGUGAAUAAUUGACACUCUACCACUUAUUAAAUGAUAAAAAAAAUCAUCCUAAUAAUAACAAUAAAAAUGAUGAUGAUAACAAAAGUAAUAGUAAUGAUAACUUAUAGGGUUAGCUCUAGAACCUCACUGUUUCUCUGUCAGUUUAUCACUAGACUCCAGUAAUGAUUAAACUAGACUUCUUUUAAUUUUGAUAUGCCUGUUAACUAUAAAUCAUUUUCUAAUUUCAUUGCAAUUCCACCAUUUAACCAUUCCAACAUUCAACCAUUCCAACAUUCAACCAUUCCAACAUUCAACCAUUCCAACAUUUAACCAUUCCACCAUUCAACUAUUCCACCAUUCUCCCAUUCCACCAUUCAGCCAUUCUACCAUUCAACCAUUCCACCAUUCCACCAUUCUCCCGUUCCACCAUUCCACCAUUCCACCAUUCCACCAUUCCACCAUUCCAUCAUUCAACCAUUCCACCAUUCAACCAUUCUCCCAUUCCACCAUUCUCUCAUUCCACCAUUCAACCAUUCUCUCAUUCCACCAUUCAACCAUUCUCUCAUUCCACCAUUCUCUCAUUCCACCAUUCUCUCAUUCCACCAUUCUCUCAUUCCACCAUUCAACCAUUCAACCAUUCAAACAUUCCAUCAUUGCACCAUUGCACCAUUCCACCAAUACACCAUUCCACCAUUCCACCAUUCCACCAUUCCACCAUUCAACAAUUCAAACAUUCCAUCAUUGCAUCAUUCCACCAUUCAACCAUUCCACCAUUCAACCAUUCCACCAUUCAACCAUUCCACCAUUCAACCAUUCCACCAUUCAACCAUUCCACCAUUCAACCAUUCAACCAUUCAACCAUUCAACCAUUCUCCCAUUCCACCUUUCUCCCAUUCCACCAUUCUCCCAUUCUCCCAUUCCACCAUUCUCCCAUUCCACCAUUCUCCCAUUCCACCAUUCUCCCAUUCCACCAUUCUCCCAUUCCACCAUUCUCCCAUUCCACCAUUCUCCCAUUCCACCACUCUCCCAUUCCACUACUCUCCCAUUCCACCAUUCAACCAUUCCACUAUUCUUCCAUUCCACCUUUCAACCAUUCCACUAUUCUUCCAUUCCACCUUUCAACCAUUCCACUAUUCUUCCAUUCCACCUUUCAACCAUUCCACUAUUCUUCCAUUCCACUAUUCUUCUAUUCCACCAUUCCACCUUUCCACCCAUCCAACCAUUCAACCAUUCCACCAUUCAACCAUUCCACUAUUCAACCAUUCCACCAUUCCACCAUCCUCUCAUUCCACCAUUCAACCAUUCCACCAUUCAACCAUUCCACCAUUCAACCAUUCCACCAUCCUCUCAUUCCACCAUUCAACUAUUCCACUAUUCAAACACUCUUCCAUUCAGCCAUUCAACCAUUCCACCAUUCUCACAUUCCACCAUUUGCCCAUUCCACCGUUGUACCAUUCCACUAUUCGCCCAUUUCUCCCAUUCCACCAUUCUACCAUUCCACCAUUCUCCCAUUCCACCAUUCUCCCAUUCCACCAAUCCUCCAUUCCACCAUUCUCCCAUUCCACCAUUCUUCCAUUCCACCAUUCUCCCAUUCCACCAUUCUCUCCCAUUCCACCAUUCUCCCAUUCCACCAUUCUCCCAUUCCACCAUUCUCCCACUCCACCAUUUUCUCAUUGCACCAUUCUGUCAUUUCGCCAUUCUGUCAUUCCAUUAAAUAGCGUCACCUUGUUCAACUCAACGUAUCGUAUUUCAGACCUUUGAGCAUUUGUCGUUGAUUGAAUUGGUAAAUUGAUCUCUUUUCGAAUAAAAUUCUUCAAAGUUUCCACGAUGUGCAGAUCAAACCUAUUUAGAUAUGUUUGCAAGGAAAAAGUGCUUUUUUUCAAUUACGCACCGGAGACGCUUUUGUGAAAUUAUUUUGAAAUGUUUAUAAUCUAGUGCAGUGUCACGGUUAGAACUGAAAAAGUUAUAUCUUCGGAUAUACUGGGAAUAAUUCGCUGAUUCAAACGGUAAAAUGCUCUCUCUUCAGAGAAAACUUUUCCCUAUAAAUUUUCUAGAUACGCGGAUCACUUCUUUAAAGACUUUUCUAAAGAUGCGAACAGGCUCUCUGAGGGAGUCCACUUAGACUUUCGAAUCUGAAUUGUUUCGAAAGUGUCUUUGUUCGAAGUGUUAGAAUCAUCCUCUUUGUCAUGAAAAAAGGCUUUCAACUGAACGCGUUGAAAGAAUUUUUCAACGUCUUGCCUUACUGCAGUACUCGGAAAGAAUUAAAUACAAGAUAGCGAUGUAUCUUAAGUAGCUGGCUACGCGGUACACGGAAACAGUCAAUUCAAGAUGGCGAUGUAUCUUAAGUAGCUGGAAAAUUUCUUGCGACACUCGCUACUGAUAAAUUUUGUGCCUAUAAUUUGCGCGUUUUUAUAUAGAACGAGGUUUACACAAAAUGAAUAAAGGGGUAAGUUUCUAAAGAAACUGUGGUGCUGCGUCGGUGGGAGAGUAUAGCAGGUAAUUUAGCAAUACGACGAAUCGCUCUGGCGAAGGGCUAACGCUCGAAACGUCAGCUUUUUUACCCUUUACGGCGGCUUAUUUACGUUUUCAACUCAGUUGUUAACACUCAAUUACCUGCUUUACACAAAAUGGCCAAAUAUUGAGGUGCUACUUUUUUUUUUAACACCAGAAAUAAAAAUCACUAAUAUGGUUUAAAAUGUAAGUGUUUAGGCUGUGGAAUCACUUACUCAUUGACGCUGAAAGAGCGAGGAAUACACGAUAAUCUGUCUUGAAUUAUUUAUUCAUCACGGCGUACAAAUAAAUAUCAGAAGGUGGAAUUACUUAAAGACGUUGAAAAAUUCCUUCGCCGCGUUCAGUUAAAGCCUUUUUUCAUGACAAAGAGGAUGAUUCUAACACCUUGAACACAGAUACUCUCGAAACACUUCAUAUUCGGAAGUCUAAAUGGACUCCCCUAAAGGGCCAGUUUAACAUGCAAUAAGUUAGACAUUGGUGAAAAAGGAAGACAACUAGGUAACCAAUUCUGAGAACACCUUCGCGACGUAGAAGGAAAAGAUAAGGAAGCAUCCAAACCAGGCGCAAGACGCUUUAAUGUCCCUAAUCACUCUAAACAACAUAUGACAGAUUGCGGCCUUUCCUUAGAUCUAGGCAGUUCGCUAGUGUUUACUACAAACAUACAGAUUCACAUAGUUACCUGUUGUAUUCAUCUUCGCAUUAAUCACACCUCAAGAAUUCCAUACCUAAAAUAUAUUAAAUUCACACGGCAACCAGGUGGACAAUCAGACAUGGUUUGAUACUACUCUGGUUUACAGAUUUAAUGAAUGUAACCGAAGAAGUUACAAUUCAUAGACCCAACGUUUCGACGCUCCUGUCCAGUGCCUUCAUCAGGGGUGAUCUAAACGCUGCAACAAGAGGUCCUUUUAUAUGAUCGCUAAUUUUUUCGCAGUUUCUCAGACUUCGUCGUUUAUGUAGUGACGACUCUGAUUUUUUCGAAAAAUCAGAGGCAAUGUACUAGUUUUUCGAUAAACAUGACUAUCCUGUUUAUGGUUAUCAUUCAACUAAUUUGUUCUUGUUUUCUCGUCACUAUAUUCCCACUAAUAGCGUAGCUCCGUUUUCUGCAUAUAAAUCCCCGCAGAACCCACAAUUUCGUCAAUCGCUCUGACGAAGGGCUAACGCUCGAAACGUCAGCCUUUAACUCUUUACGGUGACCAAUUUACGUUUUCAGGCUUCGUUGUGAACAAAAAGGUCGUUCGUAUUCCAUUGUUACCCUCACUCACUCAACAGAACAGCAUUAUGGCUUUGCCUCCAUAGGAGGCAGUAGUCAUAAAAAGAGUAAUUCUAAUAAAUCAAUUAAAAUUGGAACAAAUUUCUAUCGCAUAAAAUCCUAUAAUACGUAAAUAUAUCCAAUUAUAGCAUAUAUAUAAAAACCAAGAGUUGCACGAAGCGCAAUUUUUGCAGUCAGUAAUAGCUAUAUCUUGUUUUCUGAUUAAUUUCUUAAACAUUUGGACAAAAGUGGUGACCCCAGAUACCUCACCGAAUCCUUCCCAAAAUGCGUACUGUUUACUCAAGGGAUUACAAUGUCCUUCGUUCUCAGGUUGUAGAUAGUACUAUCGUAAAAAAUAAUAAUAAUCUGAUGUUUCAAUCUGGGUACAGGUAGCUUUUACCUUUAAACUUAGAUAUUGCCAUAUCUUGUGGUCUCCUGUUAUGUUAAGUUGGUAAUUUAGUCCUUCCCAGGAGUGCCUCAUGAGAUGACUUACUAUCACCGACAAUCAAUGGCCCUGAUGUAUAGCUUGCUGUUACAAGUUGCAGGUAAACUACUGUAACAAAACUGAAUCGAUUUGGGUUUUUUUUUUAGCGUCAGCUUGUGACGGUGGAGUGCAAAGAGUGUAUGCAGAAUACAGUAGAAAUGACUCCAUUUUCAGUCCUGGAUACCCUUGGAGUUAUUAUGAUUCACGGUCUUGUCAGUGGCGGAUCAUUGCUUCCUCCGGUCAUAGGAUCCUCAUCUACUUUACAGUAUUCGAUUUGGAAAGUUGUGAAUCGUGUAACUGUGACAAAGUGGAAAUUUAUGAUGGACAAAACCAAUACUACAAUAUUUUGUCAAAAAGUUGUGGAAACAGUCUUCCUGACCCAGUGUAUUCUACUGGUACUGAUAUCUUCAUGAAAUUCACUUCUGACUCUAUGGUAGCAGGGAGUGGCUUUGUGGCACACUACAGAGUGCUGAAAGAUUCAUCAGGUUGGUCUUGAAUAGUUCGAUUAAAAGAGGAUCAUCAUUUUAUUCUCGUGCAUUCGUUAAUGAGAUCCGAUGCAGAUAAGGUGAAAUAAUCAAUAUAACAAAAUUUGGAAGGAAUAUGUAGGUGGACUCAAAGUUAAACUAAGUGAGAGAUUUGCAAAUAAAUCAACAGAGGUUGUUACAUAACAGCAAGAUGAACAGAAAUGUUGGAGAAGAAAGGUAACGCCUUUCCCAUGAAUUAAGAAGUAGGCCAAUUACAAUUUCAGUGCGGUAAAUUAAGUAAAACGUUUUCACAGGCAUAGCCAUACAGACCGAGAGAGAGAGAGAGAGAGAGAGAUAGCAAUGAGUGGUCAAUUAGUCAAUAUUUUCAAAUCAACAAACUCUUUUCCAAAGGUUAAUUCGACGUAAAAUAGACCUAACGAAACGAUUGAAAAUACAGGAAUGAAAUUACUAGGAAGACUUUCAAGGAAAUCAACGUGUGCCAAAGCAACCACUUAUGGUGUCAACAUAGAAAAGUAAACAUAGUUUGCUAAAAAAACAUAAACUGAACAACUGUGCUACACUGUGCUGUAUUAGUGUGAAUGUAUGUGAACAGAUGUGUUUGUCUACAUGUUGGCACUCCUGCGGGUAAGGUUUAAAUGUUACGUUGAUGUGUGCUAUAGACACUUUGUUCGUCACAAUAUUUCUGUUCAGGAGCAGAAAUGCCGAUGUAGACCUUCACAUGCAUCCCUUGUGAAAAAAUUGUCAAUUGUGGUCGAGCGAAGGUUGCUAUAACCACGAGACUUUAUCUGUUUCAGCGACAUUUUUUCGCCUUCCAUUCACAGUCUAUUUUUUUUUACGAAGACUGAUAUCAGAGAUCUUCGCGUGCAACUGGAAUCAGGAGAAGUUUAGAAAGUUCUGCGACGGAAAACAUUUCGGGAGUCAUAUAUGUAGACACCUUAUAAUUGGCUGUUCACUCAUUUCAGGUUGUCCCUCAAUCAUUCCUGGCGCCUCAGCAGGCGUAAUUUAUAGUCCCAAUUUUCCUUGGAGUUAUCCGCUCUCCAGAUCAUGUGUGUGGCGCAUUAGAGCACCUUGGGGGCAAAGGGUUCAUUUGAAGUUCAUAAAAUUCAACUUGGAGACUUCUAGUUUUUCGUGCGAAUUCGACUACGUGGAGGUGCUGGAUAAGUACAACACUCAGCUUGGAAAGUACUGCGGGUCUUAUAUUCCAUCCUCCAUCUCCUCAUCCUCCUCUUUAACUGUUAAGUUCAACUCUGAUUCCUCCAACACCUUCUCGGGAUUCCUGUUACUGUACCAAACGGGAUACAGCUUCCCAACAGGAGCGCCAGUCUGGACUACUUACAGACCUUACACCUCAACAACGGUACAAUAUCACAGUUGUAGUAGUUACAGCUCUGAAACAAGUAAGUUCAUCAGUUUUCUAUAGCUUACCGAGAGAAUAGUUGUGCAGUAAGGAGAGGUUGUCUUUAAAUUUAUUAUUCCACUACUACGUCAUUUUACCAUAUUAGGGCAAUGAAACACGCAGUAGGCCAGCUUUUACACUCUCAACGGUGGCACACUUAUCGACUCAGUUGAUAGUACCGAAUUACCUUGUUAUACUCUACGACUGACGCAGCACUACAGUUUCUUUAGAAACUUACCCCUUUAUUUAUUUGACAACUUAGACAGUCAGGAAUGAUAAAUACACAGUUUCCUUAAACAUGGUCAUUUUUAUUUCCUUGACGUUUCAUGAGCUUUUUCCUUCAAAUUAUGACACACGAGAAAUUUUAAAACAGAUUUAUAGAAUAAAUCAAAGAAUAACUAUGGCUAACUCGUUCGAAAAGUACUUAAUCUCGAGAUGAACAUGGUUGUGAACUUUUGAUUUGGUUUUGCAGCAAUGCAAGGUUGCUCUUGUCUCAAAAGCCAAGCUUCUGGAAAAUCAUAGAGAGAUCCAUAAUUAUGUUAACGAUCCAACUCUGCAGAAUGAUAAACGCAUAUAUAGUCUACAAAAUUCUUCAAAUUUAGACAUUGCAAACCAAAUCGUUCUUCGUCUGCACAAGCCAAAUUCCACCAUUUUCUAUUCGUAUGUCGACUUCGUCACGUUUCGUCUCACAGUUGCUCAAUAAAUAUUACAUAGUAAAGCAAUAAUCUUUGUUUACAGGGUUUUCUCCCGCUUGCAUCCGAUGACAAACUUUUAGGUAUUCUACCUUGGAACGAAAUUACCUCAGAAUGCAAUUUUUUUUAAAAUUUUAAUUAAACACGGUCAAUUCAUCAGCCUAAAAAAUACAUAUCCCAUACGCUAGAAUAUUUAAAACUCAAACCAUAUACUAUAACACUAAAAGCUGUUUUCCGUGAGUGCCGUGCGUUAGACUUAAAGAAUGUCAUUGAUCUUACGUUUAAAUACCCCCAGAGACUCUGUGUUCCUUAUAUCGCAUGGUAGACUGUUCCAUAAUGUGGCGCCAUUGUAGCUAAAACUUUUUCGGUAAUAAUUAGUGCGCGGUAAGGGAACAUUGAGCUUAUUUUCAGAGUCCCUGAGGUCAUAAGCAGAGUCACGCCACAUAAACUUUGAACACAGAUACUCUGGAGCUGCAUGUUAUGUGACUGCAAGUUUUUCUGACCAAUUGAAACUAAAGAUAUGUGGCAAUGAAUUCCCCAAGUUUUCUUUUAUGAGAAAAGCACACGAUUAUUGUCGUCCGCUUCUGACCGAUCCAGUCGCCAAUGUUUACAUAAGAUCACAGGCAGACCACACUAUGUGAUCGUAGUUAACCCUUUAAACCCUGAGAGUGACCAGCAUCUAAUUUCUUCUAACGCUAAUACAGCUGAAUCAUUCAUUGAGAUCACGAGAAUAAAGGAAAUGAUCGCUAACCAAAGAAGCUUUGAUUGUUAAACAAAUUCUCCUUGUAAGUACUAAAGGAAAUGUGCAGAGAAGAGUAUGAGACUAUGGAUACUGAUGUCAGGGUGUAACGGGUCAAUAAUUGUUGGCAUGACACGAACAAAAUCUAUGAGGGUUAUGAAUAAUGCUGUGGCUAAAUGCCCGGCAGUCAGAAAUUUUCGCAGAAUUUCAACUGUGAGGUUCUUUCAAACUUCUCAAGAAUAUCAGAGGUUUGUUUGGAAAGUCAAGCGAUUCCAAAAAUUAAUCUAUUGUUUCAAUGGACAAAUUCUCCGAGCUUGUGCAUCUUAUAAUAUCGCUCAGUUAUCGACACUUAAAAUUCUAUGCUUCUGAUCAGAUUGCCAAGUACGGUCUCGAGUAGACUUAAUGCUUGGCAGUUAGAAUUAAAUAUUCACCAGGAUGCCGUUGAAAGAUUUCGAAGCGUUUUACGUCGGAUAUGGCACUUUUAUCACUUCUUUUUUUAAAAAAGUUCUUUCUGGAAGACAGUAAUUCAACGUGUUCCCUUAUGCUGUAUUUUGGUUCACUUGAUGUAAAGAUUUCCGACAGUAGCUUUUCAUCUUUUACCAUAGUACCCCCAAAGGCCCUGGUACACUGGUAAAACGAGAAAACCUCCUUACAUCUAUACUCCGUGAAAAAGAGUUUUCUCGGAAUUCGGUGGAUAUUUCCGACCGUCGGGUAUUUAGUCCCGGUAGUCUGUUCAAGCGUCGACAACCAAGCGAUUUUGUGGUUGGAGCUUGGAAAAUUUGCCCACUCAAAAACAAAAUACUUCCAGAAUCACUUGGGAUAUUUGAACAAACAUUGAAUUUAAAUAAAUUUCAUUUGAGGUUUUCUACAUUGUUUCCCUCCAUGGUUACUGAAUUUGAAGCUGUUCUGACCUAGGUGACCCUUAACCUUUUGCACCCUAAAAUCAGUAUGCAUAUUCUCCAUACUUCACUUCAUAUAUUUCGUAAGGUGCUAACAAGGAGAAUUUGUUUAUCAAUCAAGAGCUUCUUUCGUUGGUAAUCAUUUCCUUCAUUCUCAUGACCUUAACGUGUGAUUCAGGGGUGAUAUUGUAGAGAGAAAUUUGAUGCUAGUCACUCCUGGAGUUUAAAGGGUUAAGAAACCAGCUUGACCUCCAAAGCGUUAUAACAUGUCUAUUUGUUUCAGUAUGGUACGUAUAAGCUUGACCACUGAAAAAAACCAAGGCAAUUCUUAGAAUCGCAUGAAAUUUCUAAACAAACAUCGAAUAUACUCAAUAGGUUUGUAUGGAGUUUUCAGUGGCAUCUUGGUGAAAACUUCUAACUGCUGGUCAUUUAAUCCAUUCGAGACCGUGCUGGGCAGUCUUACCAAGCGAUAUUCUAGAAUGCUCAAGCUCGGAGAAUUUGUCCACUAAAAAACAAAUUCAUUUUCUUAAUCGCUUGACAUUUCUAAACUAACUAGAUUAAUGGAAUUUUUUUUUUUUUUUUUUUAAGGUGUUUACGUUGAAAGCACAAGCUCGACAUCCAUCCGUUCUGAUUAUGACGACUACUUGAACACCAGGGCUCCCUAUUCAAGCUGCACAUUCAAAAUUUCUACAAAGAAGGGUUACAACCUGAAGUUUAGUCUUGAGACAAUGUAUAUGUCAGGCUGUUAUAGCUGUUCAUGUGGAUAUCUGAAAGUUAGAGAUGGAAGUUCAUCAAGUGAUCCGCUUCUCGGCGAAUACUGUGGCAGUGUAAGCUCUGGCACAGUAACAUCGACAGGAAACCAUUUAUUCGUUGUUUUUAACAGUGAUUACAGCAGUGCCCGCUUUCGCGCAACAGUCAGUUCCAUCAAAGGUAACUUUUCUUUCGAAUUUUACGCGAGCAAUGAUUUCCUUCAAAUCACCAUACUUUGAAGCAACUACUCUUCUCCCAAUUUCAUUUGUUGUUUGAUCCAGGUUCUAAUGUGAAAGUUGCGGCCAUCGUCGUGCCAAUUGUUAUCGCAGUUGUCCUGUUUUCCGUCAUCUUUGUUGUCAUAAAGUGCACUAAGAUAAAUCGUUCUGCUGGACCGGCUGGAUCAUCUCGUGUGAACGACGUUCCCCUGCAGCCCCUCUCAGAUACCAUGGUGGUACAAACGAUUGCGCCGUCUCUGUCUCCUGGUACACUGCAAGUUGAUGUUCCGCCACCUCAUUCCAUACCCCUGACAGCCCCUGUUCAACUGCCUCCCUCCACUGAUCAUUCACAGGGUUUUACUAACUUCACAGUAGAAGGAGAAUAUGUUCAAGGAUGAACAUUUCUCGGCCUAUUUCCAGGGUUCGUUGGUUUGAUGCGUGUGUAAUUUCUAUGCGGAUAAACUGGAUAUUUACUAAAUUAGUUAUUAAUGCAUUUUAUUAUCCAAUCACACAAAGUAGAAUACAAAUAACGCGCGAAUAGGGUACAAAUAUCCUGCGACAAAGUACAGUUGGUUAUUUCCUACCGUUAAAAAAAAAACCUUCUUUAACCAGUCGGCUGCUCGCGUUACGCUUCUCUUUCCGCUUUGCUUUUCUCGUCCUAUGAGAAAUGAGCAGAAACACUUGACAGAGAAAAAAAAAAGUUGGAUAAUAAAUGACUUAUUAGACGUUUUGGAAUUUAGUAUUGCGUAGUACUUUUGUAUUUUGACUCGCCCAUCGGGCUCUUCAAAAUACGGCACAACUCGUUAAAAUACUCAGCGAUACUUCAUACCAAACAUCUAAUGAGAUAUCUAAGCUAGGGGAAUAUAAAUGCAGCCGUGGCAUGGAUUUACUGGUUGUAAACGUGCCACGAGGUUAUUUUACCGUGUAUCUAGUAGGAACUUAGUGUGAAGGACCUUGAGGGUUCUUCAUAUUUUAUAUUGGAUUAGAACAAGUAGAAUGCUUGUACGUUGAUUUUAGUUCAGGUUAUGUUGACAAGUACAACUGACCGUCAAAACAGCCUCGAUGCGCGCGUAAGUGGUUAAAGAAUGUUGAGUACUGUUCUUUCAUCCCCGAGGUUGGGUGGUUAAUAGUUUAGUUCACACAUUUUAGCUUGGAAAAAUUUUGCUCUAAGCCGACAUAGAUUUUUAGCUUGUGAUAAUCAUGAUAAACCCGUUUGAGGAGUGUUAUAGGGUGCAGCAUAGUUAGUAGUUUUGUUUCAGAUUCCUUGUUUCGCACAUAUGAAAGGUCAUGAACAUGAAAUGCGUGAUGAAAUUCAUAGUUAUUACCGUUCAUAAUGAUUGCAAUAUCUUACGAAAGUUUAUCAAAACAGAUGAUUUUGCUUGAUGUACUUUUACGACUGUCGGUAUUAUCUCUUGCCAUCAUCAACUGCCUGAGUUAGAAUUUAAGCUACAUAGUGUAUUUCAUGCCGAUGAAAGAGGAGUGGUAGAACGAGGAAGAGUAGGCUACUGUUUAGUUAUUAUGAAAGUAUCAAAUUAAGUUCACAACAAUUUGUUUUAAUUAGUUUAUUUCAUAGUUGUGUGGAAGGCUUCUCUUUAAAGUAACGUAUAGUAGAGCAAAAUGCCUUUUUUAUGAAGUAGUUUCAUCUUCUAACGACCCUCUGCAAUCAGAAUUUUUGUAAUAAAUAUUAUAAAACUAGUAGUAAUCGGAGAUUAGGGAAGUGCGUUCGGCAUUUCAAAGGGGAAAUAUUGUUUUUUGGUUAUUGGGAUAGAUGAAUAUGCCUAUGGUAUGUUGUCAAACUGCGAUGCACGAGGCAGCAUCCUUUGCGCACCGAAAUUGUGACGUCAUUCAAAAUGGCGCUGAAAAGAUGAACGGCCGGCCGAUCGAACGAAAAAACACGAGUCAGCUUUCGCUUGCGUGCACAGGACACCUACGCGAUCACAGGUAGCCCAGGAGAUUAGGAAGCGUUCUUCCUUCGUCGAACGCAAUAAUUAAAAUAGUACGCGCGCUCUGAUUGGCCAUAAGACCAUUUUACAUGAGCGUAUGUAAACACGGUUUUCGCUCCUCUUUUAUUAGUUAUUUUAUAAAAGAAUGUAAAAUGGUUUCCGUGUUUACAUAGCCUGAUGUUGAUAAGCUGGAAACCACUCCGCUUCGCGUCGUGGUUUCCUAUGCUUAUCUCGUGUUCUCCCAACCUCCCACGUGUUUACAUCAGGCUAUGUAAACCAUUUUACAUUUCUUCAUUAUAUUCUUUUGAAACUUGAUUUGAAUUAGAACAGCAGUCAAUUUCAUAGUAGUCAGUCAGUCAAUCAUGAUGGGUAUUAUGAUGUAUAAGAAGCUUCAAUCGCAUUUUAAUGUAGAAUUUGAUCACCAGCUUAAGAAAAUUAAAAUCAACCCAGUGAAAUACGUGACUGGAAUCCGUUAGAGAAAGUAGCCUUAGUUAGUCAGUGUGUUGUAAUGACGUGGUAACUUAAAUAACCCCACCUCUUAGAGGUUGGUGUUAGUGUUUAAGAGUCAAAGAGCGCUCUUCGAUUAAGUGUCGUCAAUCCAAAAAUAACAAAAAAACAAACAAACAAACAAAUAAGAAUAACGAGAAGCCAAUGUGAACUUAAAGUAAAAACAAGCAAAGAACCUGUAAAGAAGGUAAACGUUAGUGACGAAGAUUCCGCUGGUUUAAUUUAUGAAUCAAUCGCAGAUUGAGACGAAGUAAAAUCAUGCAGUCCUUGGCUACUUGUGACACGCUAUUUAAAAGUGCUCUAUAAAAGUACGAACAUAUGAUUCAUUUAGCUUGUAGAUAUAAAUGUUGCCUUAAAAAGGAGGAUGACAACAAUAAAUAGAGUGAAGAAAAACCUGGUUAACACUAUUCCUGCGUUUGGCUUUAAAGUAUGCUCCUUGGGAAUUGGUUUUAUAUGAUCGCCUUGGGCCUUUGAGGGCUUUUGUUGAUAUGCACGUAUUUAAAAAAUUCAUAUUUAUGAUCCAAUUUUGCAAAUAAAUAGACAUGAGGACUCUCUCUCCAGACGAACUUUCUACAAGAGAAUAUAAACAGUUUAUAUUCUCUUGUUUUCCACAUGGCUAUUUUCUCCUGAAAGCGUCUGAUUGCACUAAUUUGUCAGCUCUUUUCCUGUUCAUUAUGAUUAAAAAUGUCGCAAUAGCGUUCCUACCUGACCAGCAUGCAUCAGGGUAAGAGAACAGGGAAACGACGAGCUCUAUUUAUUCUCGGUGAGCACUAUGGGAUAUAUUUAGUCAUCUAUAUAUUUCUUCUCCGCAUUUUUGUCUGCAAUAUCUCCCCACGCGAGAGGUGAUAAGACUGCUUUUAAUUCACGGUCACACUGUUCACAGUUCACAGAAGGAGGCUUGAGUUUAGACAUUGUAUCACCAACGAUGCUUGUGGCUGUAGCAACCGGUAAGUCAAUGUUUUGACAUACCAAACGAAUGGCACUAUUUUGAAAUAACGAACUACAACAGGCGUACUCAAGGGGUUUUGCAAGGUACAAUUUUUGUUGAUCAUGCGAUUAUGGAUUACGAACGAUUUUCUGUGGAUACUUUUGUGUACAAAACACGGUUCAGGUUAGUUAAAACAAGGUUAAAAAGCUUGAUUGUGUCGCUAGCGUUUCAUCUGACAUUUUCAUGAAGUGCGAGCAAUCUAAAUCACCUGCAUAGUGAAAGUAUUGAUAAUGUCUGCGACGGCAGAUUACAACAAACAGACGAAAACAUCAUAUCUAUGUUUUUGUUUCAACUUUGUCUAUCGGGCGUUAACUCGAUUAUUUCAGUGCAUGAAGUCUAAAUUUUGUUUUGUUCGCAUGAAAGUUGCGUGACCGAGCAGAAGGCUAUUAAACAACAAGGGCUUAUCAGUAUUUUGAAGGCAAACUGUUUGUUUGCUCAGUUCAAAGGCAGGUCACUUAUCCAUAUUAUUAUCUUGCUCUCAGUCCUCUUAAUAAGAAGUGUUGAGGUAGGCAAAAAGGUUUCUAACAAUAUGUUUUUUCGAUUUUAAACCUACGAUUGGAGUUUCAGCAGUGUUUAAUUUGCAUACGAGAGAACUGUCGACCAGAUGAUGCGUGACGGAAGCUGAGCAGCUAUGUUUGCCGUGACAUUUAUCAUUUGUACGCAUUUCUCUUUCAGUUCUUCUCUUGGUAACCGAAACACACUCAACAAGUAAGAAGUUAUUUCUUUAAAUCGUGUUCAUUGCGAGUUGAUAUAAAUAGCGAAGAAUCAUUUGUGAGCCGCUUAAUCGAUUAUUGUCAUGGACAAAAGCAGUAUAGCUCUUGACUAAAUUAUUUCCAAACAUAGCACGAUAAUCAACAUUUGAUCCAAAUUUCAGAGAGGAUGGGGGUUUUCUUGUGGUAGUAAGAUGAUUUUUGUUUUGCUACGUUCGAGCAAGCUACAGAUUUCCAGCAGCGGUAAUUGAAGUAAUUGUACGUUUUAUAUGAUUGUUGGGUGGACUAUCUUGGAUUUGGUUUAGCCGUUUAUAUUCCUUUUUUUUUUUUCGUUCUCGCUAGUCUGCCAAGGGGGAAAAAAUAUUCUUACAGGAGCCAACGGUCAGCUAAGCAGCCCAGAUCCGGGUAAAUCUGGAAUUUGUUCUUGGGAAGUUAAGGUCCCCGAAGAUUCACGGAUAGUUUUUUACUUCAACUCCUACGUGAUUGGGCAUUGCGGUAACAGUUACUCGAAUGAAAACAGGUGCGCUGGCUGCACUCGCAUAGAACUGAGGAACAGCUCUAAUAAACCACCAUGGUACACAUUCUGUGAUUUCAAAGCAAGCAUACCCGAACCUUUGUCCACCGACACAAGCACCCUUCUCGUGAAUUUCCAGUUGGAAGCAGAUGACAAAGAGAGCUGGUUCACUGCUGAAUACGAAUCUUGGCCAUCUCAUGAUAGUAAUAAUUUCAAAUGCUUUUUUUAUUCAUUAUUAUUAUUAACUGAAUUAUUUUGAAGUGGUCUUGGUCCAACUAUAAUUUUUUUAUUUCAGUGAAAGUUUUGGUGUAUUGAACAAUACAUGCACGUUGUUGCAUUUAGUUUUUGUUCUGUUUUGAUUUUCAAAGGUGGGUGGGUGGGAGUCCCUCUUGUGUCACAGAGGAGGCUCCGCAGUCAUGUUUAAUACCUUCAAAGGUUUCGAAAAUCAGUUUAUCAAAUGGCACAUUACCUUUUUUAAGCAAAAUCGAGUUAUAUGUUUAAGGGUAAUUAAGACAAACUCAACCAUACUGAGGACAUUCGCUAUUUAAAGAACAAUUACUCUGGGUAAUUAAGUUAAUUAAUUAACUUGGGUAUUAAGGUCCUUCUAAAACUGGAAAAGUGGCAAAAUGUUACAUCAAAACUGAAAAACGAAUUUACCUCAGGACUUCUUUGCCGUAUAACAAACUGAUUUAUUUCGGUCAUAUAUGAUGAGAUUCCUUAAGGGAUAACAAAGAAAUCACUAACUUUGCCUCUUUUCCAGCAUGUGGCUCCGUAUCUUUGUUAGUGUAUAGCCCCCAAUAGCGAGGAUCUGGGACGCACAGGUUCGCACCCCGUCGAAGCUGGAAUUUUCUGUACGCUUUCUUGUCUUCCAAUUUUUCUAUUACACCUCACCAGUUAAGAUCAUUUCGGUAUUUAAAACAUCCACAGAUAAAGAGAGAUGAAAUAGUUCAUUUACUUGUCAGAGAAGAAUUGACUAACAAAAGUAGUCCUCCAAAAUCAUUCCGUUCUAGCGAAACAACUUUUGAUGUACCAUAAACAUGAAAGACAGCUAAGUAAAGAAAAAGAAGAGCAUUAAGUUGUGAAAAUAAAAUCUCAAAAAUACAUUUAGGCUUCGUUCAAGCUCGUAUGAUAUUUAGGGUUUAUUUUCACAACUACUUUUACAGGAAUCAUUGCACGUAACCGCAUUGAUAUGACUUCUUUGGUAAAUCUUUGUUCGUGAGUCUAACUAAAUAAUUUCCAUACAUUACCGUACAAUUUUUUUUUCGAGCUUUGUUUUCACAACUUCGUAAGUUGUGUUUAAAAAUGAGAUUAUUCUUCCUCGCACUAUUUUACUUCUGUUCGAUCAGGUUGAUAUGAUGUUUUUUAAUCAAAGAAACCAAGCUUUAUGAUGCACUUGUUUUUCUUUACGAAAGAAUUCCCGCUGGCCAUUCAAGGAGAGGGAGCACAAACGAAAAACCCGGCAACAAGGGUCCAGGUUUAAAAUUCACGACUUCGUUUCAAGUGUCACUAUUUGAUCGACACAUAUGAGAUUUAAAUGGCUGAGUUCGCGGCGAAUCUCGGGAAUUUCAAACGAACUUCCAUAACCGUUAGUAAAAAUGGUUUUUAGUGUGAAAAAUAACUAAAGAUAGUCUUUUUUGUAAGGAGAAUGUUCAAACAAAACCAUUUUUCAAAGGUUACUUAAUCUCAGUCAAUGACGAAGACCAUGAGUGGUUAAGUCUCACUACUCCCGUCAAAUAAAAUUGUCUCAGUAAGGUGCGGUAGUUGUACAAAAACAGAAAUGAAAAGAGAAAUUUUUGAAAUUUUUUUGCACGGUAUGUAGAGAUCAUUCUGGUAAAGACUUUGCUUAUCGCCUCAUGCCAAGACUACAACUUGGCAUUCACCAUCCUUAAGUGUACAUGUGAAUGUUUAUUUAUUAAGUCCUUUUUGAUAUCCUUUUUCCUUCUUUUUGUAGGGGUCGACCUGGUAACAACAUCAACCGCACAUAUUUCAAGUCCACUAUUUCCUGGCAGAUAUCCGAGGAAUUCGCAUUUUCGGUGGUUAGUGGUUUCUCCCUCAGGAUAUCGCGUGAAAAUUGAAUUCUCUAAGUUCGACUUGCGCUAUUGUGCUAGAUGUCUGGAAUGUGAUUUCCUAAGAGUGCGUGAUGGUGCUACGCCUGAAAGCCAAGUGUUAGGGACAUACUGCUCAAAUCCUGGCACCCUAUACACUUCAGGAAAUAACGUUUGGAUAGAGUUUGUAGCAUCAAAGGACCUCAACCAAGUAUAUGACGGCACUGGGUUCAAAGCAACACUUUCAAGGGGUAGGCGUUUCACGAUAUUGAAUAAUUGUUUAGAAAUGACGGGAAAUACUCUGAAAAAUAUCAAACAAACUUUUGGUGCUGUUUCCGCUUUAAAGAGGUCAAUAAACCUUCGUUAUUCGAUCCUUAAAUUCACUACUACAACAAUGAAAUUUCCCGUACUAUAGACGAUGUAAUGAUUUUGUUUAUCUAUAGUUACCCCAAAGGUGUACAAACGAUGUCAGGGACCCAGUGAUAAUCGAUAUCGUAUUACCGAAAUUCCUUUUUCUGUUAUCAUUACUGUCCGAAAUUUUUCAAAAAAAUGUUAUGUCAAAAAAGAAUAUUGAUCUGUUCUUUGUUUAUGACACUCUAAUAUUGUCAAAUUGCUUACUUGCUUCACGAUUACUGUUGAGCGAAACCAAAGGUCAGUGGAAACCGAUCGUUUACUGAAUGCAGAUGUUUUCGAGUUUACUAACUCGACCAUCAACCUCGCAGUUUGUUUAGGAAUCGCCUUUCCAGUUAAAUCCAGUCAUCGAUUCAGAUUUAAAUGAUAAAACACACAAUUACCAAGAGACCACGAGCCUCAUCCUCUCUUGAAAAAAAUCAUUUCGUUGGGAGAAAUUUUUGCCGAAGAAAGCCAUCUGUGGGACUCACAUAUGUAGAACCAUGACGUUGAAAUUGAAUAAUUAUUUUUAAAUAACUGUCUCACGUGUGUGUAAGUCAAGUGUGCUUUUAUUUUGCCAAUGGCAACGAAACUUAAUUCCAAAUCGAGAGGUUGGUCUCACAGUCACAUUACAUUUGAAAGCAUUGCAGAAAAACAAGCCUUAUAGUAAAAAAAAUUGGGCUGCGAUGGGAUGCGAAUUUCUACCUUUCAGGUACUUAAGCUACGUUAUAUUAGACAUAGUAGCUGAUGAAAGUUGACGGAAGUGUACAUUAGUGCCCGUUCUAAAACGCAAUAUAGUUGUGACUAUCAUCAAUGAUCAUGACCGUUGAAACAGGGCUUAAACUUAUCGAAGCCCGAAAUUUUUGUGAUCUUAUUCAAUUUUGUUUUUUGUUUUGCAGCGUAAUAUUUGAAGGAAGGGAUGAGGGAGGUGGGGGGAGCUGAAGCCGCCUCAACCCCUCCCCUUCACGCGCGUUCCAUUUGUUGAAGUCUACAUCGCACAUACGUCAUUCAAAUCCGAGAUGAUCUUUAUUAAAAAUCACAACUUUUAUGGGACAAUCCAGUUGACUGUUUGCACGUGCCGAGAAAAUUUGGUAAACUUUACUGAAGUAGGCUCUAAAAUUUGAAUGCCCCGGGAGCAAAAUCAAGAACCGAUCUAAAUACAAUAAGCUCAGAAUUCUCACACUUUAGAGCGGGAGCAUACUAUUUUAUUUAUUUAUUUAUUCAAGUAUUAUCUCUGUUUCCAAAUAAUGAGACUUGACUCUAAUUCCCUUUUUUUCCAUAGAAAUCAGGCUCUAUGUGAUUGUGGUACCGUGCAUUCUUGGAAUCUUUUUGAUAAGCCUCGUGGUCGCUAUCUUUGUUGUUAUGUGUCGCCGUCGCCGUCUCUCCCCAUCGGGAAAUGGAGCCCCUGUUGUACAGAUGUCCUUACUGAACGAAGACGACAAUUUUAGUAAUGCUCAUUUGUCCGAUGCUGGACCACACAUUGAAGCCAGCUUACCAGUGUAUCGUCCAACAACACAGAAAAUAAGGAGAUGACGAACCGCCUUACAUCAGCCAGAGAAGGAACGCUUUACACUGUUGUGUAAUAUGUUUAGUUGUGGUCAUUAUAUAGUCGUUGUACAAUUUUGUUUGUCAUAAGAUUCCCUUAACAUUUAUUUACAAAUAUGGUAAUGAAGUCAGGCUAUGAAGCGGUGAAAAGAAUUGGAAAACGGAAACGUCACCAUCAUAUGAUUUCCUGAAUCAGUUUUACUUCUCUUCUUGUCAUCAUGACCAAGUUAUGUGCAAUUGGAACCUGUAGAGAGGGAGAUUUUUCUCCAAGCCUUGAUUGAAAAUUCCAACAUUAAUAGCUUUAUUAAGGCCAAGUUUUCUUCAAGGUUCGGACAAGUAUUAGUUUACGUUACUACAACUAUUUACAAUAGCUCAUUACGAUUCUUUAUUGUAAUCAACAUAACAUUUUAAAUUAGAAAAGGUGUGAUUUUCUAUCCAAGUUGUGUGUGUUUAAAACACAGUAAGAAGUCAGAAAUGUGAGUAGAUGUAGAUUAGCUGUGCGUCGAAAAUAGGAACAUCAGACAGAUAGUCAUAAUCAUUAGUCAGGCGGAGAGUUACCAUAGUUGAAUCAACUAUCAACUAUAAUCUUUUUUAUAUCCCUAACUGCCGGAUUCUGAUAUGCAAUUAUCCUUAAAAAUUAUAUUGCAUGAAAAAACGCUGGUAAUGACAACAAUUGUAAUUGUGCUAAGGAUUAUUUAUUAAUUUCUUAUUCAGAGUGUUCGCUCAUUGAGGCGCGUGGUCCUGAAUCGGCCAAACCAUCUGAUGGUCAGAGCUCGAAUAAUUCGCCGAUGCGUGGUGAAAA